AUGCGCGUUUCCCUCCCCAAGCCGCAGUCGGCACUAUCGCUCGUCACAGAGAUCCAAUUCGGCGUCCAGCUCGAAUUUUUCACUCCUCCCUUGUCAGCAUCGCAAGUCUUGCAGACGUUGUCCGAUCGCGACCGCAUCUUCCACUUCUUUGCCUCUGCACUCCAAAACGCUGGACUCCAAGCUGCGUUUCUCCUCGACAAGGAAAAGAACGAGAAUUAUCUUGAAACCAAAGAUCAAAGCAGCAACGGUAAUGAUAGCCAAGACACGGAAAGCCUAGAGACAGAAAAUCAGCUCCGCGUCCAGGUAUCCAAGAGAAGUAUCGUCAAGACCAAGCACAACCCCGACAUGUUCAUCAUGAGCCCCCAAUCGUCCAUCCCCUGGAUCAAGGCCGGCGCCAAAGAAAACCCGCUCUUUAGAUACUGGUUGAUCAAGCCCGAUAGCGACAUCAGCGGGCACGGCAAACAUGCACCCUGGCAGCCUACCAAGCUCAGCAGCCCGAUCCUGCGAGAAUCAGAGGCGAACAAUCUGUUCCCAGGCCUCAACACGGCCGUCUACACUAUCUGGACGGCGCAUCCGGCGAGGGUGCAUGUCAACGACAGCUGCGGAUUGCAUGUCCAUGUCGGCCCUGCUCUCGUUCCAUCUCUUACUCAGGGAGUAACUCAGGGGCUGAAUCAGGGACAACACCAUGGACAGAGACAGGAUCUGACCGUUCUCCAGGUUCAACGUGUCGCCACACUGGUGGUCAUUCUCGAAAACAGCCUGCUCUUCCACCUGUGCUCGCAGAUCCGUCGUCAAACCCAUCACCAGCUCACCGCUGCUUCAGGUCUGGCUUACGCUUCAAACUCCCCAGCUACUCCUCUUGCAGAAGCAAACUUACCACCAAACAUCCUCAUUGGCAACGGCACAAUCGAAAAGGCCAUCAAGCUUCUUUGGACCGCAUCUGACCUCGACCAGGUGCGCCAAAUGCUCUCACGCCACCCCAAGACCCGCGAUCCUCACCUCACAGCCCUACAAAUCAACACCCAUACGCACGAAGACGAUAGCAUCACGCACAUGCUCGAGUUCCGGCAUGCGCAGGUCGCUUUUAACCAGGGCUUCGUGGACAACUGGGUACGGCUGGUGCUGACGGUUCAAGCUCGUCGUGGCCAUGCUCUAGGAGACGGUGCGAACGACAGCUUGUCCCGAGGAUGCGUGGAAGACAUUGCUCAGGGUGCUCAACGACUUUGCGCCGGUCAAUUGGCAUGCGCGGAGCAGCGAGCAGUUCUGGGUGGGCUAUCUGGCGGUGCAGGACAGGAAGUGAAGGGCCAUUUCCGCCUCUAA